GGGAAGAGUUUUACUACGCAGAGUCAUCUCAAACAACACCAGCGCAUUCAUACAGGAGAGAAGCCAUAUCACUGCUCAGAGUGUGGGAAGAGUUUUACUACGCAGAGUAAUCUCAAACAACAUCAGCGUAUUCACACAGGAGAGAAGCCAUAUCACUGCUCAGAGUGUGGGAAGAGUUUUACUACACAGAGUAAUCUCCAACAACACCAGCGUAUUCACACAGGAGAGAAACCAUAUCACUGCUCAGAGUGUGGGAACAGUUUUGCUCAAAGUAGUGCUCUUAAAGUACACCUGCGUGUUCACACAGGACAGAAACCAUAUUACUGCUUAGAGUGUGGAAAGAGUUUUGCUCAACAGGUUAACCUCCAAAAACACCAGCGUAUUCACACAGGAGAGAAACCGUAUCACUGCUUGGAGUGUGGAAAGAGUUUUGCUGGACAUAGUACCCUUCAAAAACACCAGCGUGUUCACACAGGAGAGAAACCGUAUAACUGCACAGAGUGUGGAAAGAGUUUUGCUCAACAGGUGAACCUCCAAAAACACCAGCGUGUUCACACAGGAGAGAAACCGUAUAACUGCACAGAGUGUGGAAAGAGUUUUGCUCAACAGGUGAACCUCCAAAAACACCAGCAUGUUCACACUGGAGAAAAGCCGUAUCACUGCUCAGAAUGUGGAAAGAGUUUUGCUCAACAGGUGAACCUCCAAAAACACCAGCGUGUUCACACAGGAGAGAAACCGUAUCACUGCUCAGAGUGUGAAAAGAGUUUUGCUCAACAGGGCUACCUUCAAAAACACCAGCGUAUUCACACAGGAGUGAAACUGUAUCACUGCUCAGAGUGUGGAAACAGUUUUGUUGAACAUAGUACCCUUCAAAAACACCAGCGUAUUCACACAGGAGAGAAACCGUAUAACUGCAUUGUGUGUGGAAAGAGUUUUACUCAAAGUAGUGUCCUUAAAGUACACCAGCGUAUUCACACAGGAGAGAAACCAUAUAACUGCACAGAGUGUGGAAAGAGUUUUACUCAAAGUAGUGACCUUAAAGUACACCAGCGUAUUCACACAGGAGAGAAACCGUAUAACUGCACUGAGUGUGGAAAGAGUUUUACUCAAAGUAGUGACCUUAAAGUACACCAGCGUAUUCACACAGGAGAGAAACCGUAUAACUGCACUGAGUGUGGAAAGAGUUUUACUCAAAAUAGUGACCUUAAAUCAAAUCAUAAUCGUGUUCACACAGGAGAGAAACCAUAUAACUGCUCAGAGUGUGGAAAGAGUUUUACUCAAAGCAGUAACCUUAAAUUACACCAGCGUAUUCACACAGGAGAGAAACCGUAUUACUGCUCAGAGUGUGGGAGGAGUUUUUCUUACAGUAAUGCUCUUAAAGUACACCAGCGUAUUCACACUGGAGAAAAGCCACAUCACUGCUCAGAGUGUGGAAAGAGUUUCAUUCAAAGUUGUGACCUUAAAGUACACCAGCGUGUUCACACUGGAGAGAAGCCCUAUCACUGCUCAGAGUGUGGAAAGGGUUUUAUUCAAAGAAGUGACCUUAAAGUACACCAGCGUGUUCACACUGGAGAGAAGCCGUAUCACUGCUUAGAGUGUGGAAAGAGUUUUGCUGAACAUGGUACCCUUCAAAAACACCAGCGUAUUCACACAGGAGAGAAACCAUAUAACUGCACUGAGUGUGGAAAGAGUUUUGCUGAACAUAGUACCCUUCAAAACCACCAGCGUAUUCACACAGGAGAGAAACCGUAUAACUUCACUGAGUGUGGAAAAAGUUUUACUCAAAGUAGUGCCCUUAAAGUACACCAGCGCAUUCACACAGGAGAGAAACCGUAUCACUGCUUAGAGUGUGGAAAGAGUUUUACUCAAAGUAGCGUCCUUACAGUACACCAGCGUAUUCACACAGGAGAGAAGCCGUAUCACUGCUCAGAGUGUGGAAAGAUUUUUGCUCAUGAAAAUAAUCUCAAACGGCAUCAGCGU